AUGCCAGAAAUAAUUAAAUAUUCUGGAAGUUUGGUUGACAGUAAUUCUUCUUUCAAUAAGAGCUUUAAAGAUCUUGGACUAAUUGAUGAACUUUGUGAUGUAUGUAAAGCUCUUAAGUUUGAAGUACCUACUCCUAUUCAAAAAGAAGCAAUUCCAUGGGCUAUACAAGGUCGAGAUAUUAUUGGUUUAGCUCAAACAGGUUCAGGAAAAACCGCCGCUUUUGCAUUGCCUAUUAUUCAAGCUUUAUGGGAAAAACCGAAUCCUUUGUUUGCUUGUAUAGUAGCUCCUACUAGAGAAUUAGCUUAUCAGAUUUCUGAACAAUUUUCUGCUUUUGGUUCUGAUCUUGGUUUGAAAAGUCUAGUAAUUGUUGGUGGUAUGGAUAUGGUUUCUCAAGCAGUAGCAUUAAAUAAAAAACCGCAUAUUAUAGUCUGCACACCUGGUCGUUUAUUGGAUCAUUUAGAAAAUACUAAGGGUUUUUCUCUUAGAACAAUUAAAUAUUUGGUACUUGAUGAAGCUGAUAAGCUUCUUGAUAUGAAUUUUGGUCCUAUUAUUGAAAAGAUAUUGAAAGUUAUUCCUAGAGAAAGAAAUACUUAUUUAUUUUCUGCAACUAUGACUUCUAAAGUAGAAAAGCUUCAGAGGGCAUCUCUCUCAAAUCCUGUGCGUAUAGCAGUAUCUACUAGGUAUUCAACUGUGUCAACAUUACUUCAAUCAUAUCUUUUUUUUCCUUUUAAGUAUAAAGAUACAUAUUUUGUAUUUCUUAUAAAUGAGUUUAUUGGCCAAUCAAUUAUAACUUUUACUCGUACAUGUAAUGAUACACAAAGGUUAGCAAUAUUGUUACGUCGUUUAGGGUUUUCUGCUAUAUGUUUACAUGGUCAAAUGAGCCAAUCUUCGAGACUUGGUGCAUUAAAUAAAUUCAAAUCCGGUUCAUUUAAUAUUCUUUUAGCCACUGAUGUUGCAUCUAGGGGAUUGGAUAUUCCUCUCGUUGAUUGUAUUAUAAAUUAUGAUAUACCGACUGAUUCAAAAACAUAUAUUCACAGAGUUGGUCGAACUGCUAGAGCAGGCAGAUCUGGAAAAAGUUUUUCUUUGGUUACCCAAUAUGAUUUAGAACUAUUUUUGCGAAUUGAAAAGGCACUUGGGAAUAAAAUGAAUGAGUUUUCUACAGAUAAAGAGACUGUGAUGUUGUUAAAUGAAAGAGUUACUGAGGCUCAAAGAGAAGCAGUUAUAGAAAUGAAAGAUAUGCAUAAUAGAGUGAAAAAAAAAAGUUAUAAAUAUGAAAAGCAAUCCUCGAAAUAUGCAAAUACUUCAGUAAAGAGAAAACGUGAUGCUAUGGAUCUUGAUAAAAAUCAUUAA